AUGUUUAAUAAAUAUCAGCACUUACAUUUAGCAAUCUGUGAAAUGUUUUUAAAAGAGCUAUUGAUGCCAUCUUAUUUAGAAUAUAAAGAUUUAAUAAAACUUAAAUCAUUUUGCCAACUUCUCAAACUAUUUGAAACUAACAUAUUUAUUCUUUUUAAAGUUCAAUCUAAUUCUAUUUCAGAAGCAAUAACAGUGAUUUUAGAAAUUGCACAAUAUAUUAAUAAACACAAGUUUGAGUAUUUAAAAGAAACUUUAAUUGAAAUUGACAGAUAUAGUGAAACUUCUACAAAACUAUUUGUUAAAGAUAUUCAACAUAAA